GAACACUUUGGCGACUUAGCUACACGGAGUGGUUUUGGAGAGUUUUCAUCGUGCUCGUUAUUAUCGUGUGCUUUCAAUGCUCGUCAUCAACAGUGCUCAUGAGUGAUUGUUAGUUUUGUGCUCGGAAAGAUAUUCUCGAUAUCGUUGCGGAUACACCAAUGCCAAUGGUUCUGCAGGCUAAUUUGUUAGUCUGGGAUAGAAGGGCUCCCGCCUCGCAUUUUUUCUCGCCGAACCAAAAUAUCUCCAACAACAACAACAGCAUCAGCAACAACAACCCCCAGAAUCAACAACACCUGCCGCACCUUCAGCACCAUGUCCUGAACAACAACAGCAACAAUCAAAUCGUUAGUAAUCAGCAUAACCAUCAUCAGCAGCAGCAGCAUCUUCCGCCACAGACACCGGACGCCUUCGGGCUGGAGCCCUCCGCGAUCAAAUUUGAGCAAUGGUCUCACGUGACGCAUUUGCCGCCGGCACCUGCCUCGUUGUUCCAUCCGCUGCAAUUGUCGACGUUCGAAAGUCGGGCUCUUCAGCAGCAGCAGCAACAGACGCAAGUCGCGACGCGAAGUCAGACGCACAUCUCUGCACUGUACCCUGAAAUCCUCGCCAUAAUCUUCAGCUACCUCGACGUGCCCGACAAGGGCCGGGUGGCCCAGGUGUGCAAGGCAUGGAGAGAUGCCGCCUAUCACAAAACCGUGUGGAGGGGUGUCGAGGCCAGGCUGCAUGUUCGGAAUCUCGCCAGAACGAAUGCCACCCUGUUCCCGUCGCUGGUCCGACGGGGAAUAAAGAAAGUUCAGGUGCUGAGUUUACGGAGAAAUCUCAAAGAGGUUGUGCAGGGUGUGCCCAAUCUCGAGACGCUCAACCUGAUCGGCUGCUUCAACCUCACCGACAACCUGGCCAGCAGCGCGUUCUCGAACCAGAUCGCUUCCCUGAACUCGCUCAACCUGUCCAUGUGUAAGCAGAUCUCAGACAAUUCGAUCGGCAAAAUCGCCGGCAAUCUCCAGAAUCUCGAAACUCUGGACUUGGGCGGCUGUUCGGGCAUAACGAACGGCAGCCUCAUGCUCAUCUCGUACGGUCUGAAAAAGCUCAAGAACCUCAAUCUGAGAUCUUGUCGGAAUAUCUCUGACCAGGGCUUGUCUGAGCUCGCCGGGCUCGGACCGCAGUGUCGGAACGGCGGCGUGACUUCGUUGGAGACGCUCUCUCUGCAGGAUUGUCAGAAACUCAGCGACGACUCGCUGGGCUUCAUAGCCGCCGGUCUCACCAACCUCAAGUCCAUCAACCUGUCGUUUUGCGCCUCCGUCUCGGAUAACGGCAUGAAGCAUUUGGCGAAAAUGGCCAAGCUGCGUGAGCUGAAUCUACGGUCGUGCGAUAACAUCUCCGAUAUGGGCAUGGCCUACUUGGCCGAGGGGGGUUCGCGUGUUUCUGCGUUGGACGUCAGCUUCUGUGAUAAGAUUGGCGACCAGGGCCUACUGCACAUAUCGCAAGGUCUCGGACACCUAACCAGUCUGUCUCUAAACGCCUGCCCGGUGAGCGACGAAGGGCUCCGCCGCGUUGCCAAAACACUAGCACAUUUGAAAACGUUGAACAUCGGACAAUGUGUCCGAGUGACCGACGUCGGACUGACAUCGAUCGCCGAAGGACUACAGAACUUGGAAUGUAUCGAUCUGUACGGCUGCACGAAGAUCUCGACCGUGGGUCUGAAGAAAGUUAUGCAGCUCAAGGGACUCCUCGUCCUGAAUCUGGGCCUCUGGCAGAAACGGUGACAUGAGGAGGGGGUGGAGCGGUCCACCCCCGCCACUCUGGCACCGACUCCGGCUAAACGAAAGAGAACUCUUGUCGAAAGCAGCAGCAACAGUAGUAGCAUAAAGUCUUCCAGGCCGAUCGAACACCGUCAGAACACUGCGACCACCAACUACAUGGAGCGUUAAGGAGCGACGUGCAAUAUCUAUUCGGAUUCCCUUAAUGCGUUGAUCUGCGGAUGACAGAAACAUGUUGAAAUCAAGGUGUUCCGUCUCCCGACAGUCUCACUGUCCGGCAGGGAGUAUCAGCACCGAAAUUCUUCCUAUCGACCCUGUGAAUUUCCCACCGUCGGCGGAUUCGAGCGAGACGCCCAUCUGUACAGUCUCCAUCCGAAAAUGUGCUCUCGACCGGGUCUCGUUCGAGGUAGGGGGAAUCACGGCGAUCCAGGAGACGAACACGACCGCAGCAAGUUCUACGGCUAGGGCAGCGACGUUAACAACGACGACAUCGAGUUUAACUCCUCUUUGACUUCUCUGUAUAUUGUAUGUACAUCACAGAAUGCAGGAGAGCUACAGAAAGAGAAAGCGUACGGAACAUUUUUCAGAAGAUGGCGGUUUUCUAUCGCUAGUCAACAGCAGGGCAUUGGAAUUUCUUCUUGCCCGGAAGGAAUCCUAGUAGUGUUGGAACCUCCUUCUAACUUUCCACGUAGUUCGAAUGGGUUCCGACUAUCCAAAUAGCGGGCCAAACCUGAAACCCGCAUUAUUGCAGAUCUCAACUGUGCAAAGUGUGUGUAAAUAAUGUAUGUUAAAUGUUGACAAUGAAAUCAAGACGAACCAACUCAGAGAGGAAGUGCGAAAAAUAAAAUCACGACUUGUUAUCAACCAACAA